CCCAAACUAUUUCUGAAAGUUACUGUUCUAUCAGACUCUUAGGGAAGGACGAUAUUUUGCAGGUAUUUCUGCUUAAUUUAAUGAAAUACUGUUGUAAAAAAGGAGAAAAACUAUAUAGAAGGGCCUAAAAAAAGAAAGCUGGCUGUUACUGACACUGUACUGCAAGCUUUUCACACUUAAUGUAUUACAGUGGUGUUUGUAAGAAUGACCAGGCCAUGCAGAUGUUCUGGCAGCAUCUAUAUUUUAAUUCAGAUCAAGCCUAUUCUUUUCAAGUGAACCUCCUAAUUGUCCUCACUUACCUUUCCCUGCCUUUAUUGAGGAGUGAUCAUGGAGCGCAUAAGCUGGAUUACAUCCAGGUUGGAACACAUCUUCAAAUGUGGAUGCAAGUCCAGGGUAGUUUUAAAGUGCAUUUAGUAUAUUCCCACUACUAGUAGCGUUCAGUUGACAGGAACAGGCUAGCAGCUGUCCAGAGUGGACUCUGGGUUGUCCCAAUAAACUAUUUUGCUUGCAGAUCUUCUAAUGUUGAUCUGCAGGACUUGUUGGCUUGAGAGUAAAUAUAUUGAAAGUGAUUGUUAGCCUUAAUGCUGAAGACUAUGUUUGAAAUGUGUCCUUCGUGUAUGAAUCUUUGAUUUUGCUUGGUACAGUGUUAAAAAUCCAAGGCAUUCAUAUAUAUUAAGUGGACCAAACACUAUUACAAGAUGAGUGAGAAUUGGAAAGUGGAGAUAAAUUACGAAUUAUGUUCCAGCUAAUUCAGCAAUUGAAUGGAAUUGUGUAAGCCUGAUCUGAUCUGCCCCUUUUCCUCUAGCUGUACUGCAGUCUUUCUGGUACCUCGUCCUUUACUUGUGUAGUGUACCUCUCUCAAGCAAUCCUGCAUUCUCAAAUCCAACAGAUAUGCAGUUGCUAAAAUAAGUACCAUGCUUGCAAACUUGAUUGUUCCACUUUUGUGUAUGUGUUAAAAGCAUAAAGCUGUGGAGUCCCUCCACAGUUUAGGUCUUAUUUACUACUGGUACUGUAUUGUGGCCAUAGAUUCCAAACUCUAAUAUCAACAUUCAGUUAUUGCAGUAAUAGCUGUGCUACUGCUUGAAUACUAUUUUUGAAGAUGGUUUUUGCCCACUGAUCUUCAUUAUUUUCUCCAUGUUCCCCUGUGAGGCAAAGCUUGCCAGGAGUCUUACAGAAUGCAGCCUAUCAAGACUAGGCAGUAGUAAAAGAAGUGGAAAACAAGCACUGCAAAACAAUGAGCAGAAAGAGGGAAAGAAGGAGCGAGCAAUGGUGGACAGAGUGUUUAUUGCAAGAAUAUGUCGAAUCCUGAAAAUAAUGGUCCCUAGAACGCUUUGUAAAGAGACAGGUUAUUUGCUGCUUAUUGCUGUGAUGCUGGUAGUCCGCACGUAUUGUGAUAUUUGGAUGAUUCAAAAUGGAACAGUCAUUGAAAGUGCUAUCAUCGGCCGCAGCAGAAAAGAUUUCAAGAAAUACUUGUUCAACUUCAUUGCCGCAAUGCCUGCUAUCUCUUUAGUGAAUAACUUCCUGAAGUAUGGUCUAAAUGAAUUGAAACUUUGCUUCCGAGUAAGACUUACCAGAUACCUCUAUGAGGAAUAUCUUAAAGCUUUUACGUACUACAAAAUGGGAAAUCUGGACAACAGAAUAGCUAAUCCAGAUCAACUCCUUACCCAGGAUGUGGAAAAAUUCUGUAAUAGUGUAGUAGACCUGUACUCAAACCUUAGCAAGCCCUUCUUGGAUAUAGUCUUGUAUAUCUUCAAGCUAACAAGUGCAAUAGGAGCUCAGGGUCCAGCUAGCAUGAUGGCAUACUUGAUUAUUUCAGGGUUUUUCCUUACACGUUUAAGGAGACCAAUUGGCAAGAUGACUAUUAUAGAACAAAAAUAUGAAGGGGAAUACAGAUACGUCAACUCACGGCUUAUUACAAACAGUGAAGAAAUUGCUUUUUAUAAUGGAAACUUGAGAGAAAAACAGACUAUUCACAAAACCUUCCGUAAACUGGUGGAACACUUGCAUAAUUUUAUCCUGUUCCGGUUCUCUAUGGGUUUCAUUGAUACUAUCAUUGCCAAAUAUCUUGCCACUGUGGUUGGUUACCUGGUUGUUAGUCGUCCAUUUUUGAACCUGGCUGAUCCUCGUCAUCAGAAUAGUACUCAUGCAGAACUUUUGGAGGAUUACUACCAAAGUGGGAGAAUGUUACUGAGAAUGUCUCAAGCUUUGGGCAGAAUAGUCCUAGCAGGCCGUGAAAUGACAAGAUUGGCUGGUUUCACAGCCCGAAUUACAGAAUUAAUGCAGGUCCUGAAGGACUUGAAUAGUGGCAAAUACCAGCGUACUAUGGUAUCACAAGACAAAGAUGCAGAUAAAAAGCAAGCUCUGCCUUUGAUACCUGGAUCUGGAGAAAUUAUCAACACUGAUAACCUUAUCAAGUUCGAUCACGUUCCGUUGGUGACACCUAAUGGAGAUGUUUUGAUUCAAGACCUUAACUUUGAGGUUCGAUCUGGUGCAAAUGUACUAAUUUGUGGGCCGAAUGGGUGUGGGAAGAGCUCACUUUUUCGUGUUCUUGGUGAGUUGUGGCCUUUGUUUGGUGGGCGUUUAACAAAACCUGUAAGAGGAAAGUUGUUCUAUGUUCCCCAGAGACCAUAUAUGACUCUUGGAACGCUCAGAGAUCAAGUUAUCUAUCCAGAUACUUUAGAAGAUCAGAGAAGGAAAGGUAUUUCUGACCAGGUGCUGAAGGAAUACUUGGAUAAUGUCCAGCUCGGGCAAAUCUUGGAACGUGAAGGAGGCUGGGAUAGUGUUCAGGAUUGGAUGGAUGUACUCAGCGGGGGAGAAAAACAGAGAAUGGCAAUGGCAAGGUUAUUUUAUCAUAAGCCCCAGUUUGCAAUUCUGGAUGAGUGCACCAGUGCUGUUAGUGUUGAUGUAGAAGGCUACAUUUACAGCCACUGCCGGAAGGUUGGCAUCACUCUCUUCACUGUCUCCCACAGAAAAUCACUCUGGAAACAUCAUGAUUUUUACUUGCAUAUGGAUGGCAGAGGAAACUACGAGUUCAAGAAAAUAACUGAAGACACAGUUGAAUUUGGAUCUUAAAGUUCAUGAACUGAACUGCUAGAGACUGAUGAUUACAGGAAGUGUGUAGGAUGGCAGACAUUGUACAAGAAAACUGCUCAGCUUGUUUUAUAAACAAAUUAACUAGGAUAACCCAAAACAAGCUGUUAAGCAUUUACUAUUAUGUAGGAUAUUGCUAAUUGUGUAUAUGUUGGUUUAAUUAUUGAUAUGUACUAAGAAUGUCCUUAUUCUUGUGGUUUAAAAACCUGCCUAAAUUAAAUUGGGCUUAAAUCACUGUAACCUGAUUCAUCCUGGGAUGCAAACCAUUUGAAAUCAGCUGAUUUGACUUUUGUAGACCUUCUUUCCCUUCAGUGAAAAGCCCUGUUAAAAUUAGGGUUGCUACCUCUCUUGUUCCUGCAAAGCAGUCUUGGAUUUUUGCUCUGUUCUAUGCAUAUUUCUGAGUUAUCCCACAUGGAGCAGGACGUUAUCCCAUCUUCAGAUCUGUGCCCAGCUAAAUGAAAGAGCCUUUUCCUUGACCAAACCUUGUGAUGUAGCCAAUACACCCUUGCUGAUAAAGGAUGGACUGAACAUAAAAGACAAAACUAAUUCCUUCUGGUAAAAAAAUUAAGCUUGUUCUUUGCUGAGUUUUGCAUUCUCUUUUAACAUCAGUCUCUCCAUGCAAUUUUCUGCUGCUCAGCAAUCCUGUUCUUUCCCGGUUUAGCAAGAGUUUCAUCCAUCCUCCACCUCAGCUGCCCUUUUUCUGUCAGAGAAAUACUAUGGUAAUGAAGAGUUUAGAGGAGGUUGAAGGAGGAAAGGACUAACAAAAGGCGGGGGGCUGUAGAAAAAAUAUGUUCCUUGUAUGUUUUCAGCUUUGAAGGAAUGAGUGGUUCCCACAAGAGGAAACAGAGAAAAUAAUGUGGGUCCAAUCAUUCUUCUCUUGAAAUCAGCAGGGAUUAGAAUGGACUCAAAAAUGCUAAUCUGUGAAGUAGCAGACUGUCAUCUGUCCUGUUCUGUUCGGUCCCGUAAUAUAGCAGUUGCUUUCUCCAAGUUUGUCCUUUUCUUCCUCUUCACAAAAUAUGAUCUUGUGGGUUUAGCUGCUCUUCAGAUCUGAGCUUGAAAGUGAGUGAUAAUGGUAUUUCCUCUUUGGCCUUCUAGGCUGUGAAAGCCUAAAAUGAUACUUUCAUCCUUCACAUUUAUUCUUUUAUUUGUCAUGAGGUUUCUUGAUUUCUGAUACAAAUUAUUCACCAGUGAUUCUUGCUGUUGCCUAAGGAUCAUUAGUCCUUGUUGGUUUUCUUGUUCCAGCUGCCAAAUCCCCUUGAAGAAACCAAACUUGUUGAAUAGUUUACUGUAACCAUUUUUUCCAUGCAAAUGAUUACUGUCAUUGCUCAGUGACUUUGAGAAACAUAAAUGCAGCAAGGUGAUUUUUGUGAUCAGGGAAGAGGAAGGUAUAACUGAAACUGAAUUGCAGUUUAGGCUUUAAAACAAAAAUAUACAAUACCUGUUGUACAUUGAAGGUCUCGUAGUUUUUUAGUGUUCCAUAUAAGAUAUAAUAUAGGAAUGCACUACAUGAAGGCAUGCAUAAAACAUGCAAUAAAUCUGUUCUCUGUGCAUCUUUUAUCAAGGGUUUAGAUUAAAAACAAACCCAACUUUUUAUAAAAUGUGUAUGUACUUGGAUGCACUGCUGUCUGUUAAUUUUUACCCAAUUUGAUUAGUCAUCUUCUUUCAUGUUGAAAUUGCUACCUGUUAAUAUUUUCCCUUUUAUCAUAGUUCUUGCCCAUACCUGUCAGUACCACUAUUCUUUCAUAGUACUCAAAUGCAAAUGGCUAUCCUGGUAUAAGAAUCCAGUGACCACAGUAUAUUCAUAGUAUAAUGCAUCAAUGAAAAUCAGAAAGCCUCUCUGAAGUGUAGUGCAUUCAAGAGAAUGAGGUACCAGAAUAAAUUUUUGUGCUUGGUCCACAAGAAGGCAAAUACGUAUCUCCAUUUUACUAAUCUUUUUUUCCUGUUCAUUCAGAUUCUCACAUCAGCCAUAACAUAGCAGGUAGCAGCAUGCCGUAUGUGAGGUGGUAGUCUUUUUUUUUUUUUUUAAUUGUAACUGUGAAAAUAGGGAUGCCAGGUAGUUUGUUGUGUGGGGUUUUUUUUUGUUUGGGGUUUGUUGGUGGUUUGGGUGGUUUUUUUUGGUGAACGUUCUCAGCACAAAUGCAACUUCUCUAGGAAGGGAUGUUUUAGUAGCCUUUAAAGACAAAGAAAAAAAAUUCUGAAAUGAGAAGGUUGCUCUUACCUUUGUGACUAGGGCAGACUUUGCAGUGAAGUAGUGAACUUGGGAUACUUCAAUGUAUUUUUAACGCUGACAAGCAAAACCACACACAGCAUACUUAGAUAGCACCCCAGCAGCCAAUCCCAAGGUACUCUACAAUUAAAUUGGUUAAUAACAGAAUUUUGUAUAAACUCAGAUUUAUUUUAAAAACUAAAAACAACAAAAACAUUAAAAAUCCAACUCCAUAACCAAGGAGGAAUAGGUUUGCCUUUAGAUGCCAUGAAGUUUGUUGAAACUGAGUAUGCUAGUGUCUCCUUAGGGCCAGGACUUGGUGUUUCUAAAUAUACUGGAAGAAAAGGAAAGAAAAAUACUCUUCUAUGCUUGAUUGUAAGCGAGGCUUAUCAAGAAAGUAUAAAAAGAAUGUAGUUUCAAAAUUAUAUUCUUAAAAGGCCUUACAUUAAAGUAUUUUGAGAUAGACUUGGUCUAUUGAAAGAUGGUUUAAAAAUCUAAUUAAAAUGAUCCAAGUUCCAUUUCUGUUGCAGAAUUGCACUGUGAUACUGUAUUUUAGCUGUUACAUCUUUUUAAUAGCACAAGUUGGAAGUUUGUAAAUUGGAAUUCUGAGCUAUCUUGGUAAGACAAAGUACUGAUGAAAAUUUUCAGUCUCAAACUGUUGGUGCUUUGAAGAUGGUACUGGUAAUAGUCAGAGGGCUGCAUUUCAGCAGUGGUGGGAAACAUUCCUGUAUGUAAAUACUGUAAAGUGUUUUGAAGGGGGAAAUGGCGCUAUAUAAAUGUAAGACAUUAAGUGCCUCUGAAAUAAUAAUAAAUCUAAAGAUAAAAUAUA